GAGAUUGGCAUCCCUAGCUUAUGCCCUGUUCGCACUUAAGGGCGGAGAAGCUGAGGAACCAUCGUUUUGGCCUUUCUGAGGAAGACGAAGCGGGGACGACCGGUCGCAGUUUCCGCCAUGAAAGAGGAUUACGAGGUCGAAGAGAAGAAGCAGGCUGCUGCGGAUGUGCUCGAUCAGUACUCCAAGUUUGUCCUGGCCUGCAUCGGAAACCAAGUUCGACCUUGUGAUAUGAGGCUCCAUCUGAUGAAGAACAGGGACAUGGUGGAAAGACGCGGUAGAUUUGCUCUGUCGAUUGAUGAAAUGGGAUCCGGAAUGGCAAAUUUCCUUCUCAUUUUUUCUUUUGGUUUGUUUGUUGGAAUUGUUCAGGAGAUAUCCGGACUGCCUACAUCUCUAAAAAGGGAGCCCUUUCAAUCUCCAGCAAACUCCGAAGCCAUGGGUGAAUCGUCGAGCUCCGGGACAGCUAGACUCGAUAAGCAAGACAGUUUUCGAGCUCUAUAGUUGAUGGUCAUCUGAAGCAGAGUUGCUCGAUAUUUUCCCAUGUGAGAUGCAGGUUGAACUAUCAUAGUUCUAAGAUUCUUUUUACCUAAGUUGCUCAUGCAGUAUAUUGUAGGUAUAAGAUUUCUCUGGAGUUAGAUGUGUAUGGCUGCUGAAACCUCAUGUAAUGUGAUCUCUGUUGACAUAAAUUCAUGCACCCGCUUCGUGAAUUUCUUGUUUAGCCCUAAAUAGGUUUUAUAAGAAGCAGAAAUCCUGCUGCUGUCUGUGGGAUAUAGCACUCUAGGAUUGCAGCCUCUAAUAUGCAUAUGGAGCUUGUUUGAA